CCAUGAUCUUGUUUAUAUUUGGUGUCUCAGGGUCGACUUUCAGGAUAUCCUGAGGUGACCGGGUUGGUAGUCUCGCCAUACUUGGGCCAUCAGGUCACCCUCCCCUCCGCUCCUCCCGCCCGAGAUGCACACAUUCUUCUCUUCUUCUUGUCGGAAACGGACAGACACUGGCUCGGUUUCCUGUUGUUCUCUCGUGAUACCCAUCAGUGCGACAUGUUUCACUGUGUUUUUCGUUUAUCCUCUCUUCUCCUACCCUCUACACCUAAUCUCUCCACACCCACCUCGGUCUUCUGGCAUGCAUAUUUGCUGUCUACCUGCAAGCACGGUGACCUGGUAUUCUUUGAUGAAGACUGGGACAAGACUCGAACAGACAUCAUUUCACUGCUGCCAUGCUCCGCCCCCGCAGGUACAUUGCCAUGACUCCACCAUGCUCUCCGAGGGUGUGGAAUACUCCUAUCCCAUAUUUAUCGCAGGCGCUUUGAUAGACCGGCUCGGUUGCUCCUUUGCUUUAUCCUCCCUUUCGGCUUUGCUCCUAUGCUUCCAAAUCUGCCUCUGCUGCAUGUAUAAUAAAUCUUAAUAAAGCUCGGAGACCUCCCAUCUUUUACAUGUAUGAGUAAACACAAACAUUGUCGAUACAUUUUCAG